AUGAACCCCAAGAAGUGCGUCUUUGGGGUUCAAGCUGGCAAUUUCUUGGGUUUCUUGAUUCAUCAAAGAGGCAUGGAGAUUGACAAGAACAAAGCGAAGUCUAUCAUAGAAGCUUUGUCCCCUCAGAACAAGAAAGAAUUGCAAAGUCUUUUAGGGAAGAUCAACUUUCUCAGAAGAUUCAUAUCCAAUUCUGCCAAGAAAACCCAACCUUUCUCUUCCUUGCUAAAGCUGAAACAAGAACAUGCAUUUAGAUGGGAAGAACAACACUAA